UACACAUGUACUGAUGCACAUACAUGCACAUUGGUAUUAAACGGCUACAACUACAAUAAGUCUCGGCAAGAACAAAGUUGAAAUCGAAAAUGGCGCCAACGACAUUGGUAUUACUCGGGCUCCUGUGCCUCAGCGCUGUCCUAACAUGCAGCGGCGGCACCGCUAGCGCCACAGGAAUCCGCAUGAAGCUCACCCACGUCGACGCCAAGGGGAGCUACACCACGGAGGAGCGCGUGCAGCGUGCCGUCGCUGUCACCCAGCAGCGCCUGGCUUCCAUGCGUGCAAGCGGCGGCGGCGGCGUGAGUGCGCCCGUGCACUGGGCCACCCGGCAGUACAUCGCGGAGUACCUGAUCGGCGACCCGCCGCAGCGCGUGGAGGCACUCAUCGACACCGGCAGCGACCUCAUCUGGACGCAGUCCACGGCAUGCCUCCGGAAGUCAUGCGAGCGGCAGGACCUGCCCUACUUCAACGCAUCGGCCUCCGGCAGCUUCGCGCCCGUGCCGUGCAGGGACAGGGCUUGCGCGGCCAACAGCGUGCACUUCUGCGCCCUGGACGGCAGCUGCACGUUCCGGGUCUUAUACGGCGCCGGCAGCGUCAUCGGCUUCCUCAGCACCGACGCCUUUGCGUUCCAGUCCGGCGUGGCGACGCUCGCCUUCGGGUGCGUGAGCUUCACGCGGCUCACGCAGGGGGCGCUCCGCGGCGCGUCGGGCCUUAUCGGGCUCGGCCGCGGACGCCUGUCGCUUGUCUCCCAGACGGGCGCCACCAAGUUCUCCUACUGCCUCACGCCCUACUUCCACAACAACGGCGCGUCGAGCCUCCUGUUCGUCGGCGCCGCGGCGAGCCUGAGCGGCGGCGGCGGCCCCGUGACGUCCAUGCCGUUCGCGGAGAACCCCAAGGACUACCCCUACAGCCUGUUCUACUACCUCCCUCUGGUGGGGAUCACAGUCGGCAAGACCAAGCUGCCCAUCCAGAGCUCGGUGUUCGAUCUCCGGCGCCUUGACCAGGGGUUCUGGGCGGGCGGGGUCAUCAUCGACUCCGGCAGCCCCUUCACCUCGCUCGUCGAAGACGCGUACAAGCCGCUAACCGACGAGCUUGCUCGGCAGCUGAACGGCAGCCUCGUGCCACCUCCGGGGGGAGAUGGCGGUGGGAUGGCGCUGUGUGUGGCACGGGGCGACUUGGACAGCUUUGUGCCGACGCUCGUGUUCCACUUCAGCGGCGGCGCGGACAUGGCCCUGCCUCCGGAGAACUACUGGGCGCCAAUAGACAAGUCGACGGCCUGCAUGGCUAUCAUGGAAGCGUUCGAUAUAAGCAUUAUCGGCAACUUCCAGCAGCAGAACAUGCACCUCCUCUUCGACAUCGGCAAGGGCCAGCUCUCCUUCCAGACGGCCAACUGCAGCACACUCUGAUCAGCAAGUGACUAUGAUAUUCCAAGAUAUAAACGCAUCAUCAAUGAAAUAAUUAAGAUCAACCGAUCUAUCUUUAUACUCCUCAAAAUUUGGUUUACACAUGGGGGACCAAACAUCAGUUUACAAUUUACGCUAUUAUUAUAUCCUCGCAACCACUGUAUGCUAAAAAUAUUUCGGGGCACAAGCACAAUAGUCUUUAUAACACUAAUGUGGUAAGAGAUUACAAUU